AUGUCCUUACAUGUUAAUUCUUACAGGGAUAUUCAAAUGCGAUACAUCGAUUGCUGUGGCUGCCAUCGUUCCAACGUCCCAGGAUUAAUUUCCGGCCUGGCAUAUUAUUUUGGAUUUUCCAACCCGGAUUUCGCCCAUCAAUCUUGUUUGACUCCUCUGAGUCAAUGUUGCCGGUGCCGCUUCGUCCGACCAGAAAUUAUAGCCACUUUGAAUACCUUCGUCAUUUACGCUUGUCCCAUCAAUAGCGAUUAUAUAGGAGUGUGCUGUCCAGACAAUACCCAGCAAACUGUUCCAGCAACUCGGCCUCCGCCUCCGCCUCCCCCUACACCUACUACUCUAGCGCCCAUUACGACCGCAGCUCAAUCUACUAAAGCCCCUAUUGCAACCACAGUCGCAGCAGUGCCGACUGCUGCCACACCCAAGAAAGGUUGCGGCGAGCUCAGGAAACAGAUGACAAGGAUCGUGGGCGGAGUUCCGGCCGAUACGGGCGAAUGGCCUUGGAUGGCUGCUCUCCUCCGUGACAAGACAGAUCAGUAUUGCGGUGGAGUCCUCAUCACAGACCAACACAUUCUAACUGCCUCCCACUGCGUCGACAAGGCGACUCGGGUGGACCACUCGUGUACAAAAUGGAAUCCGGUCGAUGGGCUGUGGUUGGAAUCGUUUCAUGGGGCAUUGACUCAUUUGACGGCAAAUGUGCAGUAGCUGGACAACCAGGUGUUUAUACAAGAGUAUCGGCAAUCUCCGAUUGGAUUGAUAAAAUAUCAUCGAUUUGAUCGUUGAGACAAGUGAGAUACCCCUU